GUCUUCUGCUUCCACCCCCGACAUUCCUCCCGCCCUCCAGCGCAGUCGAGUCUACCGACUCCCCAGCAGCUUCUGCUGAGACCCAGCGUGCUCGCGAUCUCAGCACCGGUCCAUUCACACAGCAGCAGCAGCGUCGCACGGCUUCAACGGUAUCCACCAUGUGCGAAAUCAUGUCGCUCUCCAUCCUCCAGGUGUUGUCGGUGCUGUCGUUCCUCACCUCCAUCCUCGCCGUUCUUCACGUAGGUGCAGGCCCUCUGCACCGUCUUUCGAGCAAAUUCGAUGCGGACGUGCAUCCUGCGUCGCACCUGAACCUGAACGUUGGGAAGCAACAUUUAUGGAAUUGGAGCGGGCUGCCGGUGUCAUUCUCACUGAGCACUUUCAUUGGCGACGAGUCCAGAGAACAGGGCUCUGAGAAAGGUGUAUCAGGGUACAUGGGUGGCUCAGACCUCGUGCGGAUGAAUUGGCAGGUCGGCCGACCGCGGUUAGUCCCGCAAGUGUACAACUCACAACCCCCCCUUUCAAUGGCGAAGAUCAUCAUGUCCCGCCACACCAUUGAGCAACCUAACAUCGUGUUGAGCUUUGGUAGCGCGGGCUGCAGCCGGCUGAAUCGAUGCGGGCUAUUCCUAUCUCUGAAAGUCAACGACCUGGAUGGGGCCAACAACCGCUCAGCUGCCGACUGGAAGGUGUUCUACGUCGACCACAUGGAACAACUGAAUGAACUGGUGUCUAACCUGAGCAAUCUCGAUAUCGCUUCCAAAGACGAAAAUACACACUGCUCGCAGCCGACAGUGACGAAGUCGCAGCCACAGCCCACUCUGCACACAUUGCAAGCCGAUGCGCGACCACAUCGGUACUGGACGUGUUCACCAAGCUGCAGAGUUCCCGUGACGGCUGGCCGUCAGGACACCAGCCCCAAGAGUCCAUCUGCUCGGCGAGGAGGGGUGCAUGCGCGACAAGAUAAAGAGGUGCCCUUGGCACAACUCGCUGUAUGGCCAUCAGGGCCCCCUGCCGAGCCAUCCUUUUUGCUGGACAGACGCAAAUCCAAGAGACGCCCGUUCACGGAGAAAGAGCGGCAAUACGCCAUUGAAGUCAUUCUGUGGGAGCUCGUCUGCAAUCCUGAGCUGACCAUGCAGGAGAUGUGCCGUAUCCUUGUGAAGAAGAUGCCGUAUCGUCCCUACUCCACCUGGACGUCCUGGUGCGGCCGGACGUUCCGGGAGACUGCCCCUGAGCAACUGCUACAGCUCGCAAAACAAGCUCAUGAGAACAGUCCUCAAUACCAGAAUGCGAAUGUCGAGGGCAACAGGUCACCCGAUCUUCAGACCAUGACCAGCAGCUCGCAGCCAUUCCUAGCAGAUAGCCCCAGCAACCCCCAAGCGGCCCAAACCGUUGGAGCCAGUAAAAAGACCCCAGAGCGCCUCGAAGAACAUUUGGACAUACUCGCUCAGGUCCUCCCGGAUGGGACGAAGCGAAAGCCGAUGUUCACAUGGCUGAUCUUUGACAUCUUAGAGGUUGAGGUCUUGAAGUAUGAAUAUCACGAAAAGCGCAAACUACUCGGCAUUUCAAAGGACGGUGUCGGCCCAUGA